AUGGGAGGUGCCUACUCAGCAGGACCCGGUGGUGGUCAGCCAGGGAGUGGUGCAAGCAGUGGCAGGUUCCCUGAUGGACGCAGCAGUGUUGGUGGUGGUAGCGCUAAUGCUGGUCAUCCACUGCUCGAUCAGACUUCCUUAGACUGGCUCAAUUUGACACGUAGCGGUCCACCGCCAGCCUCCGGUCCUGGCGGCAUUCCCCUACGUUCACAACCUCAGCUGCAGCCGUCGCAUCACCAGCAACAGCAACAAGCCACACAACCCUGUCUGGAGGAGUUUUUUAGUAACCUGACUCGUGCCAACCCCGGUGCACUAUUCCCACUUUUGGAGACGUUGCGUGCACACUCCCAGCAGCAGCAAGCGGCAGCUCAGUCGCAGAUGCUGGGGACACAGGUGCCCCAGACGUCCUCAUCUCGCGCCCGCUCCCCCGCCCCCCACCAACAGUCGCCUCAGACCGGUGCUCCCCGUCCCUCGAGCGGUUCUCUCACCGGCCUCACCGGUCAAGGCUCUUCAGGUCGCCCAGGUUCGGCAACUUCCAUUCCAUACGGCCAGAACCGUGCCACUACCACCACAGCCGCCGCCGCCGCCAGUGGUGUGAAGUACAGCGGUGGCACUGGGGUUCAGUCCCAGCAGAUGCUGUCCGAUCAGCUGGCGUCCGUCGCGGCCGCAGGCUAUCCCCAUCGCCCUUCUUCCUCGGCCUCAACGUCCAUUCGGUCGCCUGUCGCUGGCGUUGCUGCUGGAGGCGGCGGCGCUGGCGCCAGUGGUUACUCCGCCUUGUCCGCAAAUCCUCAUUUCCAACAAGCGUACGUUGCGGCUGUCGCGGCGUCUCACUUGGCACACACGGAAGGCCUGCAGGAUUUGACACGAGGACAAUCGCUCAGUGGUUCAGGAGCACCAUCUUCAAAGCGACCUCGUCUCAUCUCCGGUUCCUCUUCAAACCCAUCAGCGGCCCCUCCCUCCUCCUCUUCCUCUCCCUAUUCCCUUCAGCCACCUCCUCAACUUUCCUCCCGUCAACAACAGCAAGAAUUUCUUAGUAGACAACUUCUCCAAAACGCCGUGGGCAAUCGUGCUGCCAUAUUGGCGCUUUUCACGAAUGCUGCUCAACAGCAACAGCAAGCUGCCGCGGCUGCUGGGGGCAGGUCAUCCCUACCUGCCGGCUACUACCAACUGCCUGAUGCCUAUGCACAAAGAAGUACUGGCCAGCGCCAGCCUGGAUCACAGCUUCUUGUGUCCUCACCGAAUACACUGUCACAGUCGUCGUCGUCGUCGGCGGCUGCAGCGGCAGCAGCAGCAGCAGCGGCGGCAGCCUAUACCAAUAUAGCGGCUGUGGCAGCAGCUCAACAGCAGGCCUCCUCAUCCGCGACGUCUGGCUACCAGCAACAGCCAACGGGCAGGACAGGCUAUCCCAAUUCCUCCUCACGCGGGGGCUAUCGGCAACAGCAGUCCCAGCAGACCGCUCCGUCCACCGCCAGUUCUGCCUACCACCCCCACGGCACUGGAAACGUGAUGUCCGGUGGAAGCGGUGUCCUACGACAGCAGACCAAGGAGCCCGCCUACCACCCCCAGGUCGAGGCAAUAUCUCCGGCGCCAGAGGAGGCACGCCUGUUGGAUGCCGUGGAGGUGAAGCUCCAAAGGGAACGCGAGGAACUGCAGCGUCGUCUGCACGAAAUUGAAGCGCGCAUCAACAAAGAGGAGGGCCAACUGCGCUACCUCAUGGAUCGUGAGUCGAGUCUAACUGCCGAUCUCAAAACGGAAACUGUGCCGCAUCGAACCAAGGCCCUCUCGGUCACGGACAUCGAGAAUGAACGCGCCUACGAAAAUCCCAUUCAGGCUCUCAUAUCGGAGACACGGGCCCGUGCAAAGAAGCAACACGAGAGUUUAGCUCGUCUUUGUGGAAAGGCAGUGAGUGCCAGUCCAUGCGCUCUGCCCUUCUACAGACAGCCUUCAGACCUUCCAGCACUCCAAAAAGUCCAGCUGAUUUACAAGAACGGCUUACGUCGUCAACUUAUCAAGUAUAUUCAUCGGCGUAAGCGGGCUGAGAAGGCGCGUCUCCGAAUACUGGCCAAUCAGUACGCCCGAAAUGCACAAGUAUUUUUCAAGCGUCAUGAGAAAUUGAUGAACAGCGCUAAGCGUAAACAAAAGGACGCCAAACACCGUGAGAUAUUUGAAAAGACCUUCCCGGAAGUGAAAAAAAUUCGCGAGGAUCAAGAACAGGGCCAGAGAGAGGGCAACAAGGCUGACGAUGGACCUGACUCAGGAUCCAACACAGGUUCAAACGGAGCUGACGGCGACCAAGUUUACGAUCUGGCAGAAGAAAUCUCAAAAAUGAAGGAGUAUGCAAUCGAUCCGCCGGUUCCACUUGCGCCUUGGGAGAAGUCGUAUCACUUCCUCUGCACCGCGCACCGCAUAACCGACCCGAAAUCGGACCACGUGAGAGCCCAGUCACUAGACAAGUGGUCAAAGGAGGAGAAGAUCCGCUUUAAGGAGCGUUUCCUCGUGACGCCCAAAAAUUUCACCGCAAUUGCAGCGAGCCUGGACAAGACGGUGGCCGAGUGCAUACACUACUAUUACUUGAGCAAGAAGUCCGAGGGCUACAAGGCUCUGGUGAAGAAGCACAGCACCUCGCGCCGGCGAAGGGCGGGGCACUCGGAUAAGAACGGACCCACGGGUCCCUCGCAUGGAACUGCCUCAAGGAAGGCGCCCUCCAGGGUCUCUACGCCUAGCGCCGAGGAUCACAGAAAUUCUCCACACACCGAUUCGAAGAACGAUGAUGGUCACACGUCGACUUCUGGCAGCCAUCGAAAAGGCGGUGGCGGGGGCGGCUCGGUUCGUGGCCGGUCGGGUCGCCGCGGGGGCGGAGAGCAUCGUUCGACAAAGGGGAGCGGAAAGGGCCGCUCGGGAACACCUGUGCCCACACAGGCUCCGUCCGUGGCCAAUGCGACAGCUCAAGAUGCCCCUGGCACGAGUGCCUCGGAGGCAGACAAGUCGGCGCCACCGGAAACUACUACUAAACGCCAAACUUCGACUCCCUCAAACACUCCACGGUCAGAUGAAAACAGAGAAAUCCCAAUCACUGGUGCAAAGCCAGAAGAUCAGCCUCCAACGAAGACGUUCAACGGGACACCACCUUCAGAUAGGGAAAAGGAGAUGAAAGACGUUUUAAGGGGGGCGCUGAAGAAAUUUGAAGCAUCUUCGCCUCCAAGCGGACAAAUCAAGCCCUCCAGCUCUCCACCGGUCUCACUUCAUAGUCAGACGUCCACCUCAACAGGAGACGUGAAAGAUUACUCGGCGACCAAGGCUCAGCGGGCAGCGGAGACGUUGCAGGUCCCCGCCGGUGCCGUCACUGAUCCCCGCCGGGGCUACGCGACGUCUCCUCCCCAUCACGCACACAUCUCUGGCAUGGUUCCGGAGGCCAUUAACUUAACACGUGGAUCGCCGGUUGGAGGAGGCGUGUACUCUCCCGAAUCCCACCUCCAAACUCCCCUUGAUCUGCCGGGCAAGUCAAGUGGCAAUCGACCAGCCUUCUCCGAUGGCGGCACCUCGGAUCUACCCGCAUCUAGGGAUCCUGUUGCGGCCGCCUGCGUGGCAGCAGGCCUACCGGAGCACCUAGCGAACCUCGCCAAUGGCGCGGUGAGUGCUGGAAACAUCUCGCCGGAGUUGCUCGCCAGCCUGAACAUCCCGCAGCUGGCUGCAGUGGCCGCGACGGCGGCGGCCGCAGCAGCGGUGGCUUCCGGAGGCAACUAUGGGGCUCCACCGCGUAGCCCGCACUCACUCCCCCCACCACCCCCGACCUCCUUCUCUGUAAACACCCAGGCCCUGGCCCAAGUGCUGACACAGUCAAGAAAUCGUGGGGCCGACGCCCAGGCGCCACCGCGAGAUCCACCUGCGCCGCCACACCCUGGCCAAUCGGCUGACCCAACAGCCACCGCAUACAGCAAGGCCAUCCUCAUUGGUGACUUUCGCACGGCACAACAACUCUCUCGGGGGAGUACACCCUUGCAUCAAACCCAGCCCCUCGCCUCCGCCAACAUGACUGGAACUUGCCUGCAACGCACCGCCGAUUACACCGAUCCGACGUACCUAAGUGCUCGCAGCAUCGACCCCUCGACGCUUCCCAUGCCUCCAAAACGCAGUGGGUCCGGAUCGGCCUCGGGGGCUCCGCGUUCCGCUGGACAAGGGGGUCAGCAGGGGCACCUGCGGCCCCCGUCGGCGACCGGAGGUUCUGGCUAUCAUCAUCAGCCACCGCAGCCACCUCCUCCCAGGCAUCGACAGACAACACCACAGCCCUCAGCUAACGAUCGAUCUUGUAUUGACGGAGGCAUGUCCCGCCAAAGUCCCGGACGAGUGUUGGGUGCCCCUUCAGGCGGCGGAGGUUACGGACCCCAGGCCGGUUACGGCGAUGUUCCCCCCGCACGAGCACCAACUUACUGCCUUCUCUCACCUAGUCCCCCAAAGGUGAACACCAUCAUCGGAUUGCCUCACCACCCUAAUCGGUUUAUCGGUCCUGUGAGAGGUCAUUUUGAGUCUGGCGUUGAGUUGUACGCGUCCAUGGGUGAAGAUGUGAAGCACCAUCGGCAGUUAAGUCCCUUCGCCGGACGCUUCGAGAUAACUGCGUGCCUACUGGCCAACAGGGUCGUGGAUCGUCGACGUGAAGACUUGUCGACGUCGCCACUAGGAAACAGCGGAUCACUGGACCCAAAGCUGGAGGAGUACAUAAACCACGCGGCGAAGUUGUAUCAGGAGGAAGUGGAGCACUACACGUCUCGAGAUCGCUCCGACUCGAUGCGCACUCGCACCAGCAGCGAGACCUCCCAGCAAAUGCACACCGCCCUGGACAACGCACGACAGCGUGUUCUCAGCGUGAUGAUGGCUGGCGGCGGUGGCUCUGUGGCCCCGGGUGCUUACAACGUGCCCCCCUUGUUCUCGAGUGUCGCUGCUGCCGCUGCUGCUGCCGCCGCCGCCGCCGCUGCUGGCAACGAGUCUUUCGCGGGACUCACGGACGUCAAUGAGAUGCUGUCGAAAUACGGUCCGCAAUACAUUUCGCUGAUUGCGGCCGCAGCUUCAGCGGCUUCUUCGGCAUCCGCAACGAACUCGUCGUCAACAGCGACAACCUCAGCCGGUGGGAUUCCUUUGCUGACUUCUCGUAACGCCUGGACUACUCCUGUUGGUUCUGACGUCCCUCCAUCGGUGCCGCCGCAGUACACAAACAUUUCGCCGGUCCGUGGAGAUCCUCCCGCGCCCAACUCACUUCCACAGGCAAUACCGCUGCCCCGAUAUCGCAAGUCAGCUGGUGGUCCAACCUCCUUCGAAUCCCCACCGAUUCCUUCACAACGAGACCUCUUCCCGCUUCACUCCGACGAUUCGACGCUCGGUGGGCACCAUCAGUUCCCUACUCUGAUGCGAGCGAGUGCCUCACGAAAUCUGGACUCAGUGGGUUUGUCGCCCGAAGAACUGGCAAGAAAGGUGUCCUCUGGCAGCUCGCGUUCGCAGCAACCAUCAGCGCCUCCACCUCCUCCAUCUUCCCAAGUUCGAACCCCCGAAACGACGUCUUCGGCUAGCCGGUCCUCUUUGUUGAACUCGUCACUCGUCGUCUCCUCUGCUUCGUCCAAUCGGUCGAGCGACGUGACUCUGUCAGCGUCGGGCACGUUCCGGUCACCAGAGCCCUAUAGCACCACAACGUCCACUUUGUCUUCUCCCGUGGUAACUACGACUACGUCUUUGCCUUCUACCACAAGCGGAGGCAUUUCGGCUGGAGGCGUUGGUACCGGCACCCUCGGUGAUGAAAUCGAGAAAGCCAUCACGGAUGGAAUAAUUGUACAGCAAGGUGGCCAGGAGGCUCCCAAAAUAAAUCCCUCGACCGCGGAAGCCAAAAGCGUCAAAUCGAUUCAUCCGUCAUCCAGCCUCGUGAACGCGGAUCCUGAGCACCAAGACUUAUCACUCUUAUUCACUGACAUCCGCUCCUACUCAACAGGGCUGUUGACUUCGUCGCACUCCUCUCCUUCACUUUCGGUGUUCCCCAAAAAGCGAAGUCGAUUGACAAGCGGUGGCGGCGGUGGUGCUGUGCUCCCCAGGGGUUCCCCUUCGCGUCUCCGAGACACGGAAAACCCUCCACCACCCUCAUCCCCGGGAACAAAUCAUGCAGUGUCCUCGCCUGCCUCAGCGGAGACGCGGCCUUCACCUAGGUCGCCUGGUGUUGCUGCUGCAACGACAAACAUGUCUUCUGGCGUCUCGGUUGUCUCUCCACCGAGUUCCGCUGACUCACCUGGAAAUCUACAGAUUUGCCUUCCCGUGGGUGAUCUAAACAUAUCGUAA